AUGGCCCACUCCUCCGCCGCCGCUCGCGCGGCUCAGGGACUAAUCCCUUCCCCUGCCGCGUUGUCAACUUCGUUAUUAUCACCCUCCACGCUCGUGGCAUCGCUAGCAGUGUCAGUUUUCCGCGUGGCUCACUCGCCUCCUUCGAUAUUAUCUCCUGGUGCACAGCGGCGCAGUGAUUAUAGAGAGGAUCUCCCGGCUCUGCGAAGUUCGCUACUUCACGUUGCCACGUCAGCUCGCUCAACGGGGGCCUCGUCUUGUCCUUCCCGAGUUUCUACAAUCAGUGCCACGUGUCCUGCACCUUCGGUUACCGCGUCGCCCAGCUCUUUCGCCGCGUCUGGUUUCGCCGAUGCGCUUCCUGCCACGUGGCAGCCGAGGAGGGGGUACUCCGUGGAGACAUCUUCGGUGGUGGUUCCAGGUGGCGGUGCCCAAUUGGUGCGGCUGGAUCACCUCACAGGGGACGAUGAGGGCAUCGCUGUGUUAACUCUCAACCGCCCUGUGGCCCGCAACGCCAUCAGCAAACAGCUGCUGGCAGAUCUGAUGAAUGCCAUGGCGCAAGUAAAGGGAGGCGGAGGAACGUGGGGAAUGGAGGGAGCAGGGGGAAUGGCAGGAGCAGGGAAGGGCGCGGAAGCAGGGAGAGCGGAGGGGGCGCAGGAGCAGGCGACUGCAGCGGUGCGAGUUGUGAUUAUAAGGAGCGCAGUGGAUGGAGUGUUCUGCGCGGGGGCAGACCUCAAGGAGCGCAAGGGCAUGACACAGGAAGAGGCAGAAGAGUUUGUCAGCAGUCUCAGGGGAGCGUUCACUGAUCUCGAGGACCUACCUGUACCAACAGUGGCAGCAGUGGAGGGAGCAGCCCUGGGGGGGGGACUUGAAAUGUUACUGGCUUGUGACAUUCGAGUGGCAGGCUUCAACGCCCGGUUUGGCCUGCCAGAGACAUCACUCGCUAUCAUUCCCGGCGCGGGAGGCACGCAGCGGUUACCACGUCUGAUCGGAGCAUCUCGAGCCAAGGAGCUGAUAUUCACGGCUCGGAUUGUGCGAGCCGAUGAGGCACUCUCUCUUGGCAUUGUGAGCCACUGUGUGCCUGCAGGAACUGCAUAUGACACUGCCCUUGAAAUCGCCAGAACCAUCCUGUGCAAUGGGCCUCUCGCUGUUCAACUCGCUAAAGAGGCAAUCAACAAAGGCCGAGAUGUGGAUAUGAAAGGUGGUCUUCAAGUAGAGGAGAAGUGCUAUCAAGGCGUUUUGAGAUCAAGAGACAGACUUGAAGGGUUGGCUGCAUUCGCAGGAAAACGGAAACCGGUGUAUCACGGAGUGUAG